AGGAGCAGUAAGUAGUAGUGAGAGAGGCUGCUGUAGUUUAAAUUAAUGUCAACCUGCCUCUCCACCGGGAGAACAAACCCAGCGCACAUAGCGAAAGUACGAGACCAGCUCAGCGCAACCUGCGAGCCGCUUCUACACACAUACUAACAUGGCUCGGCGGCCGAGAAACAGUGUUUACAGUAGUGAGGAGGAUGAGGAGGAGACCGAGAUGUACGAACACGAUUAUGACGGAUCGCUGAUCAAGGCGGGGAAACGCCACCUUGGCAAAACACGCUGGACACGAGAAGAGGAUGAGAAGUUGAAGAAACUUGUUGAGCUUCACGGAUCAGAAGACUGGAAAGUCAUUGCGAGCUUACUAACUAACCGUACAGAUGUGCAGUGUCAGCACAGGUGGCAGAAAGUUCUCAACCCAGAGCUCAUCAAAGGGCCGUGGACCAAAGAGGAGGACCAGAGGGUGAUCGAGCUAGUCCAGAAGUACGGAGCCAAGCGCUGGUCGGUGAUCGCCAAGCACCUGAAGGGGCGCAUCGGCAAGCAGUGCCGCGAGCGCUGGCACAACCACCUGAACCCAGAGGUGAAGAAGACAUCGUGGACCGAGGAGGAGGACCGGAUCAUCUACCAGGCGCACGAGAAGCUCGGCAACCGCUGGGCCGAAAUCGCCAAGCUGCUCCCUGGCAGGACUGACAACGCUAUAAAGAACCACUGGAACUCCACCAUGAGGCGAAAGGUGGAACAGGAGGGUUAUCUGCAGAUCGCGGCGAAGAACGGCAACUCCUCGCUCUCCAUGAGCCACAGCUACGUCAAGACCAACAAUCACAUCUUGGGCUUCUCGCACCACUCGCACCACUCGCCCAGUCACGCGCAGCUUCCUCCCCUGUCGCCGCACAACUACACCUACAUCUCCGACACACACAGGGUACUAUAUCCCAUGGCCUUGAACAUCCUGAACAUUCCCCAGCAUGGAACCGCUGCUAUACAGAGACACUAUAGUGAGGAAGACCCCGAGAAGGAGCAGAGGGUGAAAGAGAUCGAACGGCUGCUCAUGUCAACAGAAGAUGAGCUGAGAGGCCGGCCGUCACUACCAAUGAACUUGCCCUAUCCGAUCUGGGCCGGCCAGAGCUCCAACAGCUCAGAGGGUGUAAUGUUAUUAUCUCAUCACCAUGCCCCGGCGCUGCCUCUGGACCAGAGCUGCCUACCUGAGGAGAGCGCCUCUGCAACACGCGCCCACAGCAACAACAACAACAACAACAACAACAAUAACAACAACAACAACAGCAGCCGCCAUCAUCACAGCAGUCCAGCGUUCUCAAAUACUAUGCCAGAGUUCAUGGAAUGCGUCAUUGAUUCAAGCCUCUCCUCAGGGGAUGAGGCCACUACUGUUCUCAGAAAAGACAGGGUCUCGCCCAAUCAGGGCUCAAGAACCAAUCACGGAGCGUGGGUUGGUUUCAUCUGCUCAACUCCCAAGCCUCCACCAGUCAGAAACGUCCCCUUUUCACCCUCACAGUUUCUCAACCAGUCAAUGAGCCCAGAACACUCCGACAACGACAGCUUGCGAAUGAGCUCGCCUGUGGACUCCAAGCCUCUUAUCCACCACACUAUCAGGCACCAGAAAGAGAAUGAAAUGUUCAGAACUCCAAACAUCCGUCGUUCAAUAAUGGAGUCAUCUCCUUGCACGCCCACGCCGUUCAGGUCAGCCCUGGCCAUGCAGGAGGCCAAGUAUGGACCCGUCAAACUACUGAACUCCCCUAUGGAGCAGCAGAUGGUAGAUUCCAUCAAGCAGGAGCCGAUGGAGUGUCCCAUCGAGCAGCCUCCUCUGAAGAAGAUAAAACAAGAGGUUGAGUCCCCGUGUGAGAGGAGUCCGUGUAUGCAGUGGGAAGGACAAGACCUUCACACGCAGCUCUUCUCUCCGAACGGCCCCGCACAGGAAGUACCUGAUCUGCUCACUAGCUCAUUACUGAGUGAAGAUGGACACAGAAUCUACCACCUCCCUCACAGAGGCAUGGGCAGCCCGCUACAGCAGCUCAGCUCCUGGGAACAGGUGACCUGUGGGAAAACAGGGGAGCACGUUUUGGCCUCCGAGCAGAACCACAAGUACAUCAACACUUACCCCACGAGGACGCUGGUCAUGUAGACAGAGAGACACAUGUUGAACUGGAAAAGAUCAGCAAUCCCUGCGCUGGACGCAGCGCCGCGGAUUACAUAUUUGUUGUGGUACAACAGUUGGGAGAGGCUUCUAGGCCACUUGGUGUUUUUACACUCACACUUGUUGGAUUUCAACCAACCAAAGACUAAACAUUUUUUAAAAUCUUUUUGUACAGAAUUUGCUCUGGGUUCUAUUGUUCGUCCUUUUACCUUUUUGGUCUCAUCACUGUGUUAUUAUCGAUGUUGUAUUAUAAAUGGGAAAGGGUGGCUAUAUAAUUUGGGCUGUAUUAUUAAUUCCGAAUUUUGAUAUUAAUAUAAAGAACAAGUUGAUUAAUUUAUUUCUUUUGUUUUGAUAAUGUUGUUUUUUCAAUUGGCCAAUGGAGCAGUGUUGUAAGUUAAGUAUUUAAGCAUUGUUAGCAUUAUCAUAAAUCCAAAGGCAUAUUAAUGAAUUCAAAACUGACCUCUUUAUUUCAGUCAUGAAACUUUUCUGUUUCUUUUUCAUUUCUUUUCUUUUUUUUUUUACCCGCUUCAAUGUGUCUACUGUUUAUUUCAAGUGUUUGGUCUGUGCCACCUCAUGUAAACACUUAACUACUGAACAAGAACAGCGGUUCUUACGUUUAUUAUUCAACUAUGAGUGAUCAUGUUUUACACGACAGAAGGGGCCAGCCUUAUUAGUAUUACCUGACUACCACAUUGGCACCUUCAUUUCACGUAAAUUGAGUUUUCAUUUCAACUUCAUUUCUGGCCUUCGCAGUAUCCUGUAUGGGGGGAAACAGUCAAUGAACAAACAUAUGUGUUAAAAUUAUAUAUUUAUACAUUUUAAAAAUGAGCUUAUAUGUUUGAAACCAUGAGCUUCACCCAGUAAGAGUAAGACCAAGCUGCACUUGAAUCCUCUAUUCUCCAUAAAAAAGCGAGAGUAUACUAAACACUGAUGUUUUUAUAUUAUGCUACAAACAAAUCCCAAUGGAAUCUUUUGUAUGGUUUUUGUUAAACAUUUCUUUGAAUAGUUUUGUAUCAUUGUAUAAUGCUUAUUCAAUCAGCAUUUCGUUUUCUUACUAAGACUGCAUUAGCCCAUGUCAAACACUUAGCAGACAAUCUUUUUAUACGCCUUGUUUUUGUAGUAGCUUUUGAGCAAAUUUUAUAAACAUGCCAAGUUUUCAUGUUUUUAUACUUUUAUAUACUGCCUAGUAAAUAAAGUGUGUUGUUUUUAUUACA